UCAUAUAGGCUAAUAUCAGGAUAGGCCAACCAACAUAUCAACAUGGAUAAGUUCCGUAUGAUGGCCCAGAUUCUCCAGUCCAACCAAGAGUCUUUUAUGAAUGGUAUUUGUGGCGUCAUGGCCCUGGCGAGCGCUCAGCUCUACACGUCUUUUGAAUUCAACUGUCCCUGUAUCCCUGAAUACAACUACUCGUAUGGGAUCAGUAUGCUAGUUAUUCCACCUAUAUGGUUCUUCCUUUUGGGUUUUUUCUUCCUUGUACUAAACAACAAUGUCUCGAUGCUGGCGGAGGAGUGGAAACGGCCAGUGGGACAGCGGGGACAGCGGAGUGCGGUCAUGCGCUACAUGUGUGUGUCCAUAUCCCAGCGAUCGCUCAUCGCGCCAGCCGUUUGGAUCUCAGUGACUCUAAUGGAUGGUAAAAGCUUCCUGUGUGCCUACAGUAUGGACCUGGAUAUGUCCGAAUUUGGCAAGAAUGUAAGUGGACACGGACUGUCUCAAGAGGACCUCUUACGAACACUGGCCAAAAUACCAUGCAAGCAUAUAUAUGAUGGCCAGCACAUCCUAUCGAGAGAGGCCGCCACCAGAUACAUACGCUGUAUUUCACAGGUAAGAUGAUCUGCUUACUG